ACUAAGAAAAGUGUUUGGGAACCGUCUGUUAAAAGAGGGACAACUCUUGCCCAUAACGCAAUGUGUUUAUGAAAAACAUAGUUAUUUUGUAUUAAUACACAAGGCUUUAUUUAGCACAAUGCCAUUUCCCUACUUCGGUAAUUCUCAAAAACAGGAAUAUGUACAACAUGUAAAUGUUUUGAGACAUGGCUUUACACAACGUGAAAGAGAAGCACAGCAUGAUCUGGAUAUGACUGCUUUCAAAACCUUUUGUAUUAAUGCCAUGAAGACAAUGUCCAUGAGUUAUAUGGGACUACUUGCAUAUACUGGAUUCAAACUAUCGGAUGCAGCGAACAUAGUGAAACACCUUAAGUCUGUGCACUUGGGAGUUCAUUGUUGUGCUCUUGGUGCUGGGGUGAUUUUUGCUCCUUUGAUUACACCAGAAGUAACAAUUUUCAAAGAAGUUUUAAACAGACAUCACAUUACCACAGAGGAUAACUUGGGGAAACUUGUAGCCAUGAGAGAAGAGGAAGCAGCUUGUUUCCGUUCCCAAUUUUCUUCAGAAAUCAGUAAAUACAGUAAAAAGAAUAGCAAUAAAAACUACAGUGAUGAUUUAUUAAGCAAGAGCAAGCAGGUGAAGAGCAGCGAACCUAUAGAAAGAGAUGAUGGGUUUGAAAAUUUUUAUGCUAAAAAAUAUGACAGGAAGACAAAUACUUAUGGAGAUGAGCUGGACAGUGAUUAGAGAGUGCAGAAGUGUAACAGAGGACUCUAAUACAGGGCAUUGACUGCGAGAUAAUGGAAUUCCUAUCUGUGUCUAUACUAAUGCUGUGGUGUGUGUUGGAAGAAAAAUCAUUAAAUUUUUUUUUUUACAGAAUUGCAAGUACAUGUAUUUAAAGAGAAAUUUUUAUCAUAAAAACAAGAACACUACUAUUGAAGCUUGGUAUCCCCUCACAACUGAAAUUUUUUUCAAAUGUGUUUUGAUUCAAGUUCAUCUUUUUAUUGAGAUGUUCUAAUGUUAAUUUGAUUUAUGCACACUCGAUUAUGUCAAAUAUACAUUGUAUGUAAUAAUAAUAAAGUUAUAUAUAUAAUAAUUCA